AUGGCUCCUCCUCUCACUCGCCUCGCCGAGGGACCUCAGCAGCAGUCCCCGUCCAAGACGGCUUCCCCCGACGGCGAACCCAACUCCCACAGCGAGGUCAUUGUCACCAACUCUAGCCCGAACCCGAACCCGAACCCGAUGCUGCCAUCCCAUCUCAUCGUCGUCUGCUGCCACGGCAUCUGGCUCGGCGGGCCGUCCCGAGGCCAUGACGAGUCGGAGUGGCUCAUCGCGCCCUUUCAGGCCGGCGAAACGGCCACCUUUAUUCGGCACAUCGAGGCUGGAGUGCGGCUGCACGCCGAGGACAGGGACCACUCGGUCCUCAUGUUUUCAGGGGCCCCGACCCGUCCCGAGACGGACAUGUCCGAAGCGCAGAGCUACGUCCGGGUCGCGAUGCACAACGCCUACUGGUCCCUCCUCGCGCCGCCCGUCUGGGACACGGAUAUCCUGCUCGAGGAACGCGCACUCGAUUCCUACUCCAACAUCCUCUUCAGCCUCACCCGCUUCCGCGCCCGCAUCGGUCGAUGGCCGGAGAACCUCACCCUCGUCGGCCACGCCUUCAAGCAACGGCGUCUCGAAUCCCACCUCGCCGCCAUCGGCUUUCCGCGCCACCGCACCCGCUUCCAUGGCAUCGACCCUCCCCACGUCGCCGAUCGGCCUGAUAUCCUCGCAGGCAUCGCCGCCGCCGAGCGCGAAUGGGCCGCCGAUCCACACGGCCGCGGGGCCAGUCUUGCCGGGAAGCGUCGCCAACGGAACCCCCACGACGUCUGGCAGGGCGUCUUUGAGGAAGGCAUCGACGACACCGCCGGUCUGCUGACGAGCGGUCGUGGCUUCGACGAGACGCUGGUGGACAAUGCAACGAGGCCGUGGUGCUGA